UGUAAUACCCUGAUAGAUGGAUGAGAGAAUACUGAAUCAUAUUCUCACCCAUAUGUGCUGCUUCUUCCAUAUUCUCCAUUUCUGCUGCUUUUGACAUGGUAUCAGAGCAAGAUUCAACAAACUCUGAACAAAGGUGCUGGAUAUGGAAUAGCUACUGCUGAUUCAUUUUUGGUAAAAUACUAGUUUGGCGAGGACCUGUUUUGUCAUUGAAAUACAUACCAGUCUCCAGAGAUUCAAGACUCAAAAAGAGCUUACAAAAGAAAAGAGUUCAACCUGAUAAGAGCACGCAGGAUGGAUUCCUUGAGGUGGUUACCGUGCUUUCUGUUCUUGUUGGUCUUGGCUCAAGCCUUGCUUUUAAUCACAAGAAGAAAAGGAAGGACUGACAAGCGUCCCCCAGGUCCAGCCCCAAUUCCGAUCUUCGGGAACCUCUUCCAGCUUGGUAACAAUCCCCAUAAAUCCCUUAGUAAGCUUGCCAAGACUCAUGGCCCCAUAAUGACUUUGAAACUCGGCCAAACAACAACUGUGGUUUUUUCCUCAGCAACCUUGGCCAAAGAGAUCCUCCAAAAGCAUGACCUGGCCUUCUGUAACCGAACCAUUCCUGAUGCCGUCCGAGCCCUUCAACACCACGAAGCUGGAAUGCCCUGGAUGCCCGUUUCAACCACAUGGAGAAACCUUCGGAAAAUCUGUAACCUGCAUAUUUUCGCUAGUCAGAAACUUGACGCGAAUCAAUACUUGCGACACAGGAAAGUACAAGAACUCCUCGCUGAUGUUCAUGAUAGUUUCCGUAUGGGCGAAGCAAUAGAUAUUGGUCAAGCCGCUUUUAAAGCUGCGCUUAAUUUGAUGUCCAAUACUGUUUUUUCUAUCGAUUUGGCUGAUUCGACUUCUGAUACUGCUCUAGAGUUUAGAGAGCUUGUGCAGUGUAUCAAGGAAGAGUUGGGAAAACCCAACCUUGGUGAUUAUUUUCCUUGUCUUUUUGGAAAUCUUGACCUGCAGGGUAUAAGGCGUGGCAUGACAAUUCAUUUUGGGAAGUUGAUGGAUCUUUUUGAUAGAAUAAUCGAUAAGCGGUUGCAGCUAAGAACAAUGAAUGAUUAUAUAUCGACCAAUGAUUUCCUUGAUAAUCUUCUCAAUUUUAAGGAAGAAAACAGUGCAGAGCUUGAUAGAGAUCUCAUCAAACAUUUGCUUCUGGAUUUGUUUACAGCGGGAACUGAGACAACUGCCAGUACAUUGGAAUGGGCAAUGGCGGAACUACUUCAUAAUCCAAAAGCAUUACUGGAAGUUCAACGAGAACUUAAGCAAAGUAUUGGCGAAAGGACUCUGGUGGAGGAAUCUGACGUUGCUUGUUUACCUUAUUUGCAAGCAAUUGUCAAAGAAACUUUGAGGUUGCAUCCACCAGUUCCUCUGUUACUCCCUCGCAAAGCUGGAGAAGAUGUUGAAAUCCAUAACUUCAUUGUUCCAAAGGGUGCACAAGUGCUGGUCAAUGCAUGGGCUAUAGGUAGAGAUCCUACCAUCUGGGAGGAGCCUGACUUAUUUCUCCCAAAGAGGUUUCUAGGGUCAGAAGUGGACAUCAGAGGUAGGGAUUUUGGAUUCAUUCCGUUCGGUGCAGGACGACGAAUUUGCCCUGGAUUGCCAUUGGCGAUGAGAAUGGUGCACCUAAUGUUGGGUGGACUUAUUCAUUCAUUUGAUUGGAAACUUGAAGAUGGAGUUACGCCCGAGAGAUUAGACAUGGAGGAUAAGUUUGGCCUUGUUUUAUAUAAAGCUCAACCGUUAAGAGCUAUCCCAAUUUCAAUUUAACGAUAUUGUGUUUGUUAUUUUAAUUAUCGAUAUAUACCAUGUAUUUCAAUAAUUUUGAGUAACAGCUUUCAUCAGUCAAGUUAGAACCAUGAUAUCAUCUCGAACUA